AACCAUUUUCGUUAACAUUUUCCAAUUUCCAUUGAAAUAAACUGAGACUUCUUGAUGAACCAGACGCCCAGACUUCUUGAUAAUUCCAAGUUUCCAACUCCAGUUUCUCACACUCCAGAAGGCUUCGCCUUCGCUUACGCCUUUUUCAACUCCUCUUACUUUCGCAUAAAAAUGGCGGCUAUAGUCUACCUCCCUUCACUUUCUCUCUCCAAAACCAUUCCACCCUCCACUAGAAUAACAGUAAAACCACUAGCAAUUCUCAACUCAACUAGGAACAAAAUGGGAGUGCAAUACGAGCUAAAGGAAGGUCAGAAUCGUCAGUUUCACGAGCUCUCGUCUGGGUUAAAAAUGGAGGUAAUUUCCCAGAAAAGGAAGAAAAGAAAAGGGGGUGAAGAGGAGGAGAGAGAAAGUCCGCCACUAGUUUUUAUCCAUGGCAGCUUCCAUGGUGCUUGGUGUUGGGCUGAACAUUGGUUGCCUUUCUUUUCUCAUCAGGGGUUUGACUGUUUUUCCCUCAGCUUGUUAGCUCAGGGUGAAAGUGAUGCUCCUGCUGAUAAGGUUGCUGGUACGCUCCAGACACAUGCAGCUGAUAUUGCACAUUUUAUCAAGAAAGAACUUACAUCUCCUGCUGUUUUGGUCGGACAUUCUUUUGGAGGUCUUAUCGUUCAAUAUUACAUAUCAAGCAUAGGAAACAAGGAAAUGUUAGAUAUGAGAAAUCCGCACCCAGAUCUUGCAGGAGCCGUACUUGUUUGCUCUGUGCCACCAUCGGGUAACAGUGGCUUAGUGUGGAGAUAUCUCUUCUCCAAACCAAUUGCUGCUUUCAAGGUAACUCGCAGCUUAGCAGCAAAAGCUUUUCAGACUGAUUUGCCGCUUUGCAGGGAAACAUUCUUCUCCGAGCAGAUGGAUGACAGCCUAGUCCUAAGGUAUCAAAAGCUGAUGAAAGAGAGUUCAAGACUGCCAUUGUUUGACCUGAAGAAGCUAAAUGCUUCCCUUCCUGUACCUUCAGUGCCUGAGUCUUCUGUUAGAGUUCUCGUUGUGGGUGCUAAAGAUGACUUCAUAGUGGAUGCAAAAGGACUUGAUGAAACGGGCAAGUUCUAUGGUGUCUCUCCAGUUUGUGUUGAGGGAGUUGCCCAUGACAUGAUGCUGGACUGUUCGUGGGACAAAGGUGCCGAUGUUAUUCUUUCCUGGUUAAGGAGUCUCAGCCCUUUGUGAUUGUUUUAAUCAGUCAAACAUUAGUCAACUUUUAAUUGUAUAACACACCAUAGUAGACCAUAGUGAAUUAGUUACUAUUAUACUUUGAUAUAUAUAGUGAAUUAGUGUUCAAAACUCAAAACCAAGCAACCAUUUUGGUGACUUGUAUUAUCUGUUGAGUAGUUCCAACUUCCCUUGCAAACUUUCCUGUAUAGUUUAACAUGAUUAUACGCAUGAAUUGGCCUAUGAA